CAAAACCCCACUCGCAAGAGCUUUCCGUUAAAACCCUCUCGUUUCCCCUACUCACUAUUAAAUUAAAACUAAUUAUGUUUUCAUUUACUCGAAAUUCAAUUUAUUAUUAUUAUACCCGACUUUUCCACAUUUUCUUUUUAUAUGUCAAACGGCAUCAUCUUUUUUUUAGUGUUACAUAAUGGUAACUCGUAGCUAUCAAAUAAUACGUCAACGGGUCAACCUACAAAACAAGAAAGAUUGCCCAGAAUAUCAGUUUUCGCGCAAAUUGAUGUUCGUUUGAGUUAUAAAAGUUAAUUAUUUUAAAAUUAAUAAAUUACGUAGACAAGCAGAAUGGCAGACGCUUCUAUUAACAAUGCGAGCACCGAGGAUGUAAACAAAUUCUUCCAAGUCGCAAUGGAACUUGUCGAAAGAACCGGAGAAUUAAUAAAACAGGGCAUCAAAGCUAAAAAAAAUAUUCUUACUAAAUCUUCACAAUUGGAUUUAGUUACUGAAACCGACAAAAAAGUGGAAGAAGCACUUAUUUCACAUCUCCAUGAACAUUUCCCAACUCACAAGUUCAUAGGCGAAGAAUCGUCAUAUUGUGAGAAGGAACUUACUUUGACAGAUGAUCCUACUUGGAUCAUAGAUCCUGUCGAUGGUACAAUGAAUUUCGUCCAUGGGAACCCGAAUACAUGCAUAUCCUUAGCCCUUUAUAUUAAAAAGGAACCAACUAUUGCCAUAAUUUAUGCACCCGUUUUGGGUGACCUGUAUUCUUCUAUUAGUGGCGAGGGUGCCUUUCUAAAUGGUGAACCCAUUAAAGUUUCAAUGGAAAAAGAUUUGGCAAAAUCUUUGAUCAUCAUGGAGUGUGGUUCAAAUUCAAGUCCAGAAAAAAUGACUUGUGUAAAGCAGAACUUUGAUGCUGUUUAUCAUGCUUCACAUGGAAUUCGCAUGUAUGGAUCAGCUGCUCUUAACAUAGCCAGUGUUGCACGAGGAUCAGCAGAUGCAUAUUUUGAAUUUGGCCUGCAUAUUUGGGACAUGGCUGCUGGCUAUCUUAUCGUAAAAGAGGCAGGAGGUUUCGUUCAAGAUCCUAAUGGCGGAGACUUGGACUUGAUGAGUUGUCGUUUUAUGUGUGCUUCCACAAUGGAGGUAGCGCAGGAUUUGACUAAAAUCAUAAAACAAUAUUAUCCUAAACGAGAUGACCAAUAAUGAAUUAAUAUUUUGAUCUUUUUUAAAGUUGGUUAUUUUUUUCAUUUAUCAGUUCACAAAUGAACCAUCUCUUCAGUAACUAGAACUUCCUAUGAACUGUAACUAGAAUGUAUCUGACAAUACAUUAAAAUUAUUUAAAUAUUAAACAUUUCAUUCCAUUUUGUUGAUUAAAAUUGAGUGGUUGAGAUCUAACUAGGAUGGCGCUUUUAAUUUAUUUAGUCAAUGAUGCGCUGAAAAGUGAGUUGUUAAACAAUUAUAAAAUGUGUUUGUAAAUGUGUUUAUAAUAAAUAAAUUUUACUGUCUAUUCAAA